AUGCACACGGUAUUUCGUAUUGGUGAAAUUAAACAAAUAGAAAGUAACAAAGCACUUUAUCAAGUGGAACUUAAAUUAUCAGCUGAUGAUGAUGAACAACUCCGUGCUCUCACUGAACGUAUAAGAAAGGAGGCUGGAGGUCCGACAGGAUGGAGACGACUGGGUAGAUUACUGCUUAAGAUAGGGCAGCUUAAAAAGGCGGAAGAACUAUAUAUUGCGCUACUCGAACAGUCAUCUAAUGACGAUGAUAAAGCACAUUAUUAUAAUCAACUUGGACUUGUUAAAUAUGAUCAAAGAGAUUACAAGAAGGCUAUUUGGUAUCACGAAAAAGCAAUUGAAGUCAAACAAAAAUCUCUUGCUCCAGAUGAUCCUUUAUUGGCUAUUUCCUACAGUAAUAUUGGUGUAGCGUAUGGCGAAAUAGGAGACUAUGCGAAAGCACUUUCAUUUUACAAAAAAACACUUGAAAUCGAAGAAAAAGCUCUUUCUCCAAAUCAUACUAAUUUGGCUACUACCUACACCAAUAUCGGUGGAAUAUAUUGCAACAUGGGAGAAUAUUCGAAAGCACUUCCAUUUUUUGAAAAAGACAUGGACAUCUGUGAAAAAACUCUUCCUCCAAAUCAUCCUGACUUGGCUACUCCUUACAACAACAUCGGUUUUGUCUACAGAAAUAUACACGAGUAUCGAAAGGCACUCUCAUAUCUUGAACGUGCUCAGGAUAUUUUAGAACGUUCAUUACCUCCUAAUCAUCCUAAGAUUAUAAAUGGACGAAUAGGUAUUGAUGCUAUAAAAAAUUUGUAA